AAUGGUAGGAAGGGGAAGACAAACAUCAUAUUCAGGUAAUUAAUUUACUAAUUGGGUUGGUUGACCUUCGACCUAGCAUAACAAGGAAAAGUUAACAGAAUAGAGACUUUUCUUUCUUCCUUGUGUAUCUGUAUACAUUUAUAUUCCCUUCAACACGCAUUCUCUCUCAUCAGAUUUCGUGUUGAGUGGUUAUUACAUUAAUUCUCUUCAAUCCCUGGUCAGAGCCACAAAAAUGAAGGUGAGGAGCUUCUUCCCUUAAUCUUAUUCUAAAAAAUGAAUCAUCCUCAGCUUUUCUCCUAUCAUUUUCUUUGGUUUUUUAUUAUCUUUAAUUAUUGGUGUUCUUGAAACAUCUAAAUUUAUUGGUUUUCUUUCUGCUUAUCAUGAAUAUAUAUAAUAAUCAAUCCCUGAUGUGGGUUUCUUUCUUCGAUUCUUGCUUUGGUCAUAUCCUGAUGAUUGCUAUGAUGUUGGUUUUUCACUUGUCCUUGAAGAUUCUAUGCUGAUAAUCAUACCAGUUACUGUGUAGACACUGAAAGAAGAUAGUUUCUUUUCUGGGGUCUGUUGCGGGCUUAGUCAUGGACAGGAAUGUUUUCCUUGUAUGGGACAUAGAUAUGUCUUUUACUGUUGUUUUCUUUUGUUUCAGAAAGUUGUCCUGAAAUUGGAUUUACAUGAUGACAAAGGAAAACAGAAGGCCAUGAAAGCAGUUUCUUGUCUAUCAGGUGUCGAUUCUAUAGCUAUGAACAUGAAGGAGAAGAAAUUAACGGUGACCGGAGACAUAGACCCUGUUGAAGUGGUGAGCAAGUUAAGAAAACAAUGGUCCACACAGAUUGAGACAGUAGGACCUGCAAAAGAAGAGAAAAAGGAUGAUAAAAAGAAAGACGAGGCCAAGAAGGAGGAUGACAAGAAGAAAGAAAAAGAUCAAAACCAACAGAUACAAGAUCUUGUUAAUGCCUACAAGAACUACAAUCCUCACUACACUAAAUAUUACCAUGUGAUGAGUGCAGAGGAGAACCCAAAUGCCUGUACCAUUUGCUAAAUUAGGGAUUUGGUAUGUAAUCAGCUGUUGUUAAAGCAUAUUGGACAUAAAGUAAACCCAGAAAAAGGUAUUUCAUUUCUUCCUUGUAGUGUAGACUAUGAUCAUAUAUACUGGGAUUGAUGAUUGUAAUUGGUGUGGUUUAGACUCCAAUGAAGUUCUGCAUAGAGUACAGAGAAACUAAUUAAAUAAAUUCAGGUUUCAAAA